AUGUCAACGUGGGGUGACUACUUUCGAGUCACCACUUAUGGUGAAUCUCACUGCCGCUCCGUCGGCUGUAUCGUCGACGGCUGCCCCCCGGGCAUGGAACUCACUGAGGAUGACAUCCAACCUCAAAUGACCCGCCGCCGCCCCGGCCAGAGCGCCCUCACGACCCCGCGCAACGAGAAAGACCGAGUUGAGAUUCAAUCAGGAACCGAGUUCGGCGUCACCCUGGGUACUCCAAUUGCCAUGGUCGUGCGCAAUGAGGAUCAGCGCCCUAAAGACUACGGCAACAAGACCAUGGACAUGUACCCCCGCCCCAGCCAUGCGGACUUCACCUAUCUCGAAAAGUACGGCGUCAAGGCUAGCAGUGGUGGUGGCCGAAGCAGUGCCCGAGAGACAAUUGGCCGCGUCGCCGCCGGCGCCAUCGCCGAGAAGUACCUGCGCCUCUCGCACGGUGUCGAGAUAGUCGCCUUUGUUAGCUCCGUCGGUAACGAACACCUCUUCCCACCAACGCCCGAGCACCCUAGCCCCGCGACGAACCCUGAAUUUCUCUCGCUCAUCGAAAAGAUCGACCGCGCAACCGUCGACGCCCACGCACCUACCCGCUGCCCGAAUGAAGCCGCGGCCGCGCGCAUGACCAAAGUCAUCGAACACUUCCGUGACAACAGCGACAGCAUCGGCGGUACCGUCACCUGCGUGAUCCGCAACGUCCCCGUGGGCCUGGGAGAGCCCUGCUUUGACAAGCUCGAGGCCCAGCUUGCCCACGCGAUGCUCAGCAUCCCCGCAACAAAGGGUUUCGAGAUUGGCUCCGGCUUCGGCGGCUGCGAGGUACCCGGAUCUAUUCACAACGAUCCCUUCGUGGCCUCCGAGGUGCAGACGCAGCUUGGCUCCCAAAAUACAACUAAGCAACGCCUGGUCACCAAGACCAACAACUCCGGCGGUAUCCAGGGUGGUAUCUCCAACGGUGCGUCCAUCUACUUCCGUGUUGCAUUCAAGCCCCCUGCUACAAUCGGGCAAGCGCAGCAGACGGCUACCUAUGACUUUGGCGAAGGCGUUUUGGAAGCCAAGGGGCGCCACGACCCCUGCGUUGUGCCCCGGGCCGUCCCUAUCGUCGAGGCCAUGUCUGCCCUCGUCGUCAUGGACUCCCUGUUGGCUCAGUAUGCGCGCGAGAGCGCAAAGACUUUGCUCCCGCCAUUACCAAAGACGAUCCCUACUCGCCCUACCACGGGGUCGAAUUAGGGCUCUGGCUGCGUGAAUAUGAAAUCAAGAUAAAUCAACGGUUAUGCAUCUAUGACUACGUCUAUUUUUUUUUUUUCGAAUCAGUUCAAAAUUUCAUCACAUGCCGUACCCCGGCCUUUCAACC